CUUGAGAGUAACAACACUUGUCAACAAAAUGUCCAAGUUAAAAAUUAUAUUUCUAUUAAUAAUCUGCAGUCAGGCACAAUCCGCUAGUUUGUUGGACAGUACCUAUGAGUAUGUGGUUAGUUUCGGUAAAAGUUUAAUGCCCAGUUUUAAUCAUUUCAUCGAAUGUUUCAACACGAAGAACGCCUGGAGCUGUACACUUGAGAAGGUGCUGGAUCGAUUGGAUAAGGAGGUUAAGGUGCAACGGAAGAUAUGGCAAGAGGAUGCAGAUGCAGAAGCCAGGACGUCAGGAAGGUCGAUAGAGGAGAUGCCUUCCAAGAUAGGGAGGCAGGUGGAAGAAUCCUUGCUGUCUAUAGGCAGAGCGAUCGAAGUUGCAGUGGCAAGAACCAUGAGCAGAAAGAAGCAUGAAGGCGGCAUCGACAGCAUCACCAUAUCCACGGGCACGGCAGACAAGAAAAAAAAGAAGAAAACCAAACCUACAAAACUCCAUUUAGUACACCCGGCCAUGAUAGCAAUGCAGAAGCACGACAAAGGUCGAGGAUUCCCUGGCAAAAUCCAAUCCUGGGUGAUCGGUGAUGAACUGCGAUCAGCUCCUGAACAGCCUGAUGAAGGAGUGGCUUUGGAAAAUUCUUCUGCAGUUGUGAAUAACUCUCGGCAAGCACGCAACAUGUUUAAUGAAAUGAUGAAAACUGGUGAUAAGAUGUUGGAUGAUGUAGCUAAUUAUGCGAUGAAUAGUGAUGAUGUCGAUGAUGAUUUGAUGAAUAUAAGGAAUAAUAUGAAUUCUAUCGGAGAAAACAGAGGCAAAAAGAAGAAGAAAAAGAAGGCCAUCCUCAAGCUGUUACUUCUCGGGGCUGUGCUUAAAGCGAAAAUCGGUACCAUUCUGCAGAUACUGUCCUUUAAACUUCAGGUCAAAUUCUUCAUCCUGGCCCUAAUCGGUCUUGGCAUCAACCUGGCCAAGCUCUGGAUCGAGAUAAAGAACAAGCAUAAAGAACAUCCACAGAAGAUCAUAUAUUAUGAACACGCGCAGCAUCAGCAUCAUUACGACCAUGAGGAAGAACACGGCUGGGGACCCUGGUCCAGGAGUAUGGAUCCUCCAGAUACAGAAGUCGAGGUUGAAGAUCUACCCCAAUCACCGUACGCCGCACAAGAGCGCCCCCUGCAGUAUUACCGCCCCUUAUUAACUAAAGAUUAAUUAUAGGAUCUAGAAGAAAUAACUGAAACUUUCCAUAGUAAUUUAAGAAGAAACAU